AUGGACAUCAAUGCCUUGUUGUCUCCCGACAACUCGCCAGCAAAGGCUGGUCGUUCGGGGGACCUCUCACGCUCACCGCGCAAGGUGAGACCUUCCGGCAACAAGCGCGCAGCUUCAGGUUUGAGCAAAGAGAUCACGCGGUCGCCUGAUCGCAACCUUUCCACAUCGCUCACAGGAUUGUCCGAUCCAGCAACAAAGGCUCCCUCAGCGUCAAGUCCGCACUCUAGCUUCGCACAUGCACAGCUCCAACAGCGGCCGAAAGGCACGCAUCGCCACGCAUCCACUCCGCAGAUGGAAACGCUUGCUGACUUGGCGUCAAUGCAACAACGACAUCGCGCCACACGAACGAACUCUGCCACAAGUCUGCGACAUGCCGACAUCGUAGAGGUGCAACGAUCGCCGUCGUUCAUGCAUUCAGCGAAUCCACCGCCUAUGGUCCGUAACAUAUCUGGCCAAUCGCUCGCAGAUCUGACCAUGGCGGAAGCUCCAACGCAAACACCGCCGCCACGUAGCGUCACCUCAGCUGCACUCAGUGACGCAGAAUCCCAGACCGUGACAGGCCUUCUCAGCUAUCUCAGCGAGAAUUCAUACGCUUAUGAUUCGCACGUUCAACUUAUUGGACUUCUACAUAAAGGCUUUCUAGCACACACAUAUCCAUCUGUCGAGGCUGUGGAAGCAUCACCUCAGGAUCCGCAUGGUUACGGCUUGCUCGUUGAACUGCGACAAGCUCGUGAAGCCAUGGAUACCCGCUUUGCUGUGGGCGAAGACCUCUGGCUUGAAUGGCUAUCCGAUGAGACAGCCUUGGCGAGGUCGGGCGAGGAGCGUGUGUCCGUCACUGAACUUUACCAAAAAGCCGUGCAAGACGAGCCUUCGUCGGUAAAGCUUUGGCAAGCUUAUGUCGACUGGGUCCAGUCAAAUUACGCAGCAUGCAACAACCUCGAGGGUGCCGACCAAUCCGGCUGGGCCGACCAAGAUAAGGAGAUGUGUGCGGAGCUCUUUACGAAAGACAUGAUCGUUGAUGUGCUAGAGCAAGGGGUCGCUGCAACGCAGUGGCGGAUAGACGAGAGCCACCUACUCUGGAACCGUCAUGCACAACUCGUCCUGGAAGAUCUUCCAGCCUCACCAUCUGCGCCCGAUGUUGAGAAGCUGCGCAGCAUGUUUGCGCAAAGACUGCAGACACCGCACGCUACCUCGACUGAAACAGCACGAAUGUUCUGGUCCUUCGUGAGCAGAUUCGAGCCCGACAAUUGGGAGGGCAUUAUGACCGAGGUUAAUGAGGUUGCCGCACCAGCAAGGAAACAAGUGGCGUUGCGCGAAGAGCAUGAGCUUGCCGUGCAACGCGCUUUAGAACGCGCAGACAAGGAAGCUCUCUUCGCUGCGUUCGCAUCGUACCUGCAGUGGGAGCGCAAGCAUGUGAACCGCGGUGUCUUUGGCAGGGAGCUCUGCUGCGCUGUUUACGAGCGCGCCUUGUUACGGUUUCCCACGUACACCGAGUGGUGGCUGGAUUACACCGACUUUGUGGCAAUGGACAAGGCAGCAUCAUCUGUACUACCUCUCCUUGAGCGAGCCACGAGACACUGUCCUUGGUCUGGCGACCUGUGGGGCAGCCGGAUACUGCGAGCAGACGUAGAAGGUAAGCCGCACGUGGAUAUUGAGGCAACAAAGCAUAGAGCGACAAAUUCUGGCCUCUUAGACGUUGGCGGCAUGGAGGAGCUACUAAAGGUCUUGCAGCAAUGGUGUAGCUAUCUCAGGCGCCAUGCGUUCAAGAGGACGAGUUCGGAGGACGAUGUAGAUACUGCGGAAGUAGGUAUCACCAUGGCGCUGGAAGACAUCCAGCAAGCUGGCACCAGGAUAUACGGCAAGGGCUUCACGGGCGAUCCGCGAUUCCGGCUCGAGACGAUUCAGCUCAAAUUCUUGUCCGAGGCACGUCGCUUUGACGAUGCACGCGCGAUAUACAAGCGUCUGGCACUUUUGCACAAGGACUCCUUCGACUUUUGGUCAAAGUACUACGUCUGGGAGAUGUGGCUGUGGGGAUUUGAACGCAUACGUGAUGCGCACCGAGUCGAGACGAGCGACAACGGACCAGAUCUUGCGACGGCGGUGUUGCAGCAAGCACUUGCCCAGAAGCAUAUUGACUCGCCGGAGAAGGUGGUUGAUUUGUAUCUCAACCACUUCCAGCAGCACGAGAGUGGGGAGAGAUUACAGGCUGCGCUCGUCGAUGCUAGGGAGUACGUCAAGCAGGUGGCGGCAAGACGAGCGAAGGAAGCUGAACUUGCCGCCGUAAAACAGCCGGAGCCGCAAGAAGCCCCAAUGCAGGUAGAGAGCACUAUCACUGGAGGGAAGAGGAAGGCUGAGGAGCACAUCGUUAACGGCGAUGGGAAGAGGAGCAAGACAGACGCGGUACCUAUAACAGUAGCAAACCAGAGUGAGCCAUCCGCUUCAGUUUCGGCGCAAGCGAAGCGCGACCGUGAGCACAACACCAUCACUGUGCGCAAUCUAGCGCCCGAAGUACAGGAGCUCGACAUCAAAAAGUUCUUCCGCGAUAUCGGACAGCCUCGAUCGAUUAACAUACUCCAAGACAAAGAUAGCGAUACCGCGACAGCAACCGUCGAGUUUGACUCGCACGAAGAUGUGCUCGCAGCCAAGAUACGAAACGGAAAGGAAUUACAAGGCCGAGAAGUGCGCAUUUACAGCGGUAGCCAGAACACGCUCUAUGUGGCGAACUACCCGCCAGAGUAUGACGAGACCACCAUGCGCAAUCUCUUCGAUAGCUACGGUGAGAUUCUAAGCGUCCGCUUCCCGUCACUGAAGUACAACAGUCGAAGACGGUUCUGCUAUGUGCAGUUUUUGACCGACGAGAUGGCGCGAGCGGCCGAAACAGCCAUGGAUGGUAAAAUGUUAGAUGGACAGCACAAGCUGGUCGCUAAGAUCUCGAAUCCCGAUGCGAAGAAGCAGCGCUCGGGCGCACAAGCCGAGGGGAGGGAGGUGUUUGUCAAGAAUCUUGAACGUAACGCGAGCGAAGCGGAGGUGAAGGAGUACUUCGGCCAGUACGGCGAAGUGGUCAGCCUCAACCUCGUCAAGCUGGUGAACAACAAGCGUACAGGCACAGGCUUCGUAGUCUUCGCAAGCUCAGACGAGGCGAAUGCGGCGCUUGCAGCCAAUAACAAGCCGUUCAAGGACCGCAUUCUCCAUGUCGAAGUGUCGUCUUCAAAAGCAGAAGGCCGUGCGGCGCCUCUCGACCGGGCAAGGAAAACAGACAUCAUCGUCACAUCAGGCGCUGCUUCUGCGUCGCCCGAGCCGGAUGCAGUCGGAAACGGACGCCGUGGGUCAGACGUCUCCAUGCAGUCGGCGUCGCAAGCGAGCGAGGAUGCCUUCCGAACGGCAAGGGAGCGGAAGAUUGCAAUCCUGGAUCUGCCAGACACGGUCAACGACGCACGCAUUCGCACGGCCAUGGAGAGAUAUGGGCCCAUUACCAAGAUCCAGCUACGCAGGGCAGACAACGGAGCGAUUGUUGAGUUUGCCAAUCUCAAGGAUGCUUUCAACGUGCGUGAAGGCGUUGAUGUGUCGGCGCUGGGGCCGAAUGUGAGGACGGGAGACGUGGCGGAUUUGCUGUCAAGGGUUAAGAAGCGGCAGGCGAUGAGUGGUGAAGUGAGUACGAGUCGUAUUAUGGGUGGUUUGGGCAUGAGACCGGCCUCCUUCUUGCGACCUGGUCAGCGCGGUGGAAGGCGAGGCGGUCUUGGCUUCAAGCGUGGCGGCGCGAUAGUGGGAGAGAAAGGGGUUGAGAGCAGCGAGCAUUCUGCUCCAGCACCGAGCAGUAAUGGCACUACGGCCGCGAAGAGCAAUGCCGACUUCAGGGCCAUGCUGGAGCAGGGAAAGAAAGCACCAGAGCCAAGGGAGGAGGCAUGA